GAGAGAUGAGGGUCAAACUUCUGAGCGUGUGCGUGUUUCUGCGCGCGCGUGUGCGGUUAUAUAGCCCGUGACCAGGACUCAAAGACAGUUUGCGCUCCUGGUUGUCCCGUUUUUCUUGGAUCAGCCUGAAAACUGCGGGUCUCCUCCAGCCUGCAGCACCAUGAUGUUUCCCUGCAGCGCCCUGCCGCCGCCUCUCUACCCGGCCUUCCUGCGUCCCCCCGCGGCUCUCUCCGCGCCCCUGAACCGCGCGCUGCCCUCCGGCUUUCUGGUGGAGGACCUCCUGCGCCUGAGCCACCCUGUGGGCUACAUCCACCGGACCCUAUGCCCCACAAGUCUGCGAGACUCGUUCGGCCCAGAAUCGGGCUCCUCUUCCCGGCUAUCAGGGCCGAGCUCGGAACGGCCGCACAGCUCCGGGCAGCAGAACCGAGGCGGUGCCGUGUCUUCGCACCCCACCUGCCCGGACUCCGGGUUCCUCAAGUUCGGCGUAAACGCGAUCCUGGCACCGUGCGCGCGGAACGGUGAGGGUUUGCACUCCAAGCCUCUGCCGCUGCCUCUCUUCGAUGGAAGUCUGCAUCCUCUCCUCCGGGCCUCAUCCUUCCUGUCAGCCUCCUCCUCUGUGGUUCCCGUCCCAGGAACCUUCUCCUGGCCCCUGGCCCCCAGAGGGAAGCCCAGGAGGGGCAUGCUGCGGCGUGCUGUCUUCUCAGACCUCCAGCGGAAAGCCCUGGAGAGGACCUUUCAGAAGCAGAAGUACAUCAGCAAACCAGACAGAAAGAAGCUGGCCAGUAAACUGGGCCUAAAGGACUCACAGGUGAAGAUAUGGUUCCAGAACCGCAGGAUGAAAUGGAGGAACUCCAAGGAGAGGGAGCUUCUGUCGACGGGCGGCUGCCGCCAGCAGACCCUCCCCACCAAGGCCAACCCCCACCCAGACCUGACGGACGUGGGCAGUGGGCAGGAGCCCCACCUUCCCCAUCAUCACCUUCAUCUCCACAAGUCCUCAUCUCCGUCAGCAGACUCCAGCAAACAGUCAGAGCUCUCAGAGUCGGACGGUGAGGAGAUCACAGUUUCAUAAGAGCCUCCUGUGGUGGACUGACUGACUGACUGACUGACUGCUGUGUACAUACCUGUAUUUACUGGCUGUUUGUGUACAGUAUCUUUUUCUGCACAGCCUGUGAGGCAUGCAGACUCUUCUGCUUUUAGUUUAUGUGUAGAUGCAAAUGUCAAAAACCUUGUAAAAAUCUUUUUAAAGACAUUUUGUACUUUUCAUAUUUUCUUAAAUAAACCUUUAAAAUUU